AGUGCGGACGACGGCCGCUCAUAGACAGGAUCUCGGGAUCCCGCAUCGUGGGUGGACGCGACGCUCCGAGCGGAGCGUGGCCGUGGUCCGUUAGCCUCCAGGUUCGCAAAGCUGCUGUACAAUUUGCGCACGUUUGCGGUGGAGUUUUAAUUAAUGAGAACUCGGUACUUAGCGCUGGCCACUGCGUUACAGCAAAGAAGGACCCAUACUCCUGGAGAGCUGUUUUGGGCUUGCAUAACCUUUGGAACUAUGGCGAACACACAGCAAAAAGAAAUAUUAGAAGCAUCACUGUGCACCCAGAAUUCAAGAGAGAAACAUUUGAAAAUGAUAUUGCAUUAUUUGAACUUGACUCCGCAGUACGCUACAGUGACUAUAUUCAGCCCAUCUGCUUACCUCCUGCACACCUUUACCUGUACAUUGACAAUGAAACAGAAUGCUUUAUUAGCGGCUGGGGACGUACAGCAGAAAAAGGUAAAACUUCAUCUGUGUUAAGAGAAGCACAAGUAGAAAUCAUUCCUUCCAGCAUCUGUAACGGUUCUGAUGCCUAUGGAGGUCUGGUUAACAGCAACAUGAUUUGUGCUGGCUCUCGAUCAGGAGGCAUCGAUACCUGUCAGGGAGACAGCGGUGGACCUCUAGCGUGCUACCACCCUAGUACCAACAAAUACUACCUCGUAGGGAUCGCUAGCUUUGGAGUUGGCUGUGGCCGACCAGAAUUUCCCGGGAUCUAUGUCCGUUUAUCUCAAUACAGAAGAUGGAUAAAAUCUGAACUUCUGUUGGGUAACAAGGCUGCGAAUCCCGUGAGCAUUACACUCACCGUCUUUCUGACUGUGAUGCGUAUAGUGCUUGUGUAG